ACCCCUGGUGGGGAGGGCGGUCUCGGGGUCCCGGGGCUAGAAAACGGGGGCGAUCUAGAGGGCUAGCAGGUAGCGGCUUGGUUUUGCCAGGGCUCCUCCGUUUGCUCCCUGCAACGAACCCAGCCUGACGGGCCCCUGAUUCACCAUGGAGUCCACGCUGACCGCGGGCAUCGCGAUGGCUGAAGCGCUGCAGAACCGGCUCCCAGGGCUAGAGAAUACGUGGCUCUGGGUCACCUUUCUGGGAGAUCCCAAGAACCUCUUUACGUUUUUCUUCCCUGCGGCCUACUACGCCUCUCGCCGACUGGGCAUCUCCGUGCUCUGGAUCACCUUCAUUACUGAGUGGCUCAACCUCGUCUUCAAGUGGUUUCUGUUUGGAGACAGGCCCUUUUGGUGGGUGCAUGAGUCUGGGUACUCCAGCCAGACUCCAAUCCAGGUUCACCAGUUCCCAUCUUCUUGUGAGACUGGCCCAGGCAGUCCUUCUGGCCAUUGCAUGAUCACGGGAGCAGCUCUCUGGCCCAUAAUGACAGCCAUUUCUUCUCAGGUGGCCUCCCGGUCCCGCAGCCCCUGGGUAAGGGUGAUUCCUGGCCUGGCUUACUGCACCUUCCUGUUGGCUGUCGGCCUCUCUCGGGUCUUCCUCUUAGCACAUUUCCCUCACCAGGUGUUGGGCGGCCUGAUAAGUGGUGCUGUCCUUGGCUGGCUGAUGACCCCCCGGGUGCCCAUGGAACGGGAACUUAGCUUCUAUGGGUUGACCGCUCUGACCCUCAUGCUGGGGGCUAGCCUCAUGUACUGGACUCUCUUUACACUGGGCCUGGAUCUCUCCUGGUCCAUCAACCUGGCUUCCAAGUGGUGUGAGCGGCCCGAGUGGGUGCAUUUGGACAGCCGGCCCUUUGCCUCACUGAGCCGUGACUCAGGAGCUGCCCUGGGGAUGGGUAUUGCCCUACACUCUCCCUGUUAUGCCCAGAUACGGCGGGUACACCUAAGAAAUGGCCAGAAGAUAGCCUGCUUUAUGCUGGCCAUUGGGCUGCUGGUCAUUCUGGAAUGGCUGGGUCACCCACCUCAGAUCAGCCUCUUCUACAUCUUCAACUUCCUCAAACAUACCCUCUGGCCCUGCCUGGUCUUGGCCCUUGUGCCCUGGCUAGUGCACACAUUCAGUGCCCAGGGAUCACCACCCAUGCACUCCUCUUGAAGUCAUUUGCCUCCCUUGCCAUUCUCUUGCCCCAAAGACAACACUCCUCGACCACCACACUCUAAGAGGUAGUUUUCCUGGGCUCGAAAGCAGGCCCAGCUCACAUUGAAUGCAUUUCUGUCUCGUUCUGCAGUUUUAGCCCCCUUUUAAAGAAGGACCUCUGUUUCCCAAUGAGGCUGUCUCCUGCCUUCCCGCAGGGUCCCCACGAAAAAGAAAGAAAGAAAGAAAGAAAGAAAGAAAGAAAGAAAGAAAGAAAGAAAGAAAGAAAGAAAGAAAGAAAGAGGGAGAGGGAGAGGGAGAGGGAGAGAGAGAGAGAGAGAGAGAGAGAGAGAGAGAGAGAGAGAGAGAGAGAAAGAGAAACCAGCAGGCUUGGUGGGGAUGGGGAGCUGGGUUCCUGACACAGGUGGCAGCUCAGGAAGGUUCUAAUAAAGCUCUUGAAAUGUCCAGAUUCCUUCCUAGCCCAUGCUCAUGUCUCCACUGACUUUGCCUGCAUCCCUACCAAUGGAGCCUCCAUUCCACACAAAGACAAAAGUAAAAGGGGGUUGAAAACUCAGCUGAGACCUCCCCUCUCCUCCCUGCCAAGGCCACAGCAGAGCUCUCUCGAGAUAGGGUGGCAACAGUGGAUACCCCCCAAGAGAACAGAGAUUUCCCACCCUAGUCCCCUGCUUCUCAGAUUCAAUUCUAGUCCAAGGCUAAAGAAAAAAGACAGCAUUUUGGUUAGGACAGGAAUGAAAACUUUACUCCAUUUGGGAGCCCAGAGAACAGACAUUAUUCCCAGAAGGCACUGCCACAAACAAGUUUAUUUACACAAGGAGACAGAGUGUGACAGGAUACAAAAUACUUAACGAGAAUCCAUUCAUUCACGACAGAGCAGGAGUGGGUUUACAUGAGAGUAAGACCAGCCCACAGGGAAAGUGAGAGGCCCGGAGCCCUGGGCUCAGUGCAAGGAGAAUUUAGACAGCACACAAACACACAGCAAACUAGUAACUCCCCAGCUCCCUCAACCCUGCUCAGGCCCCCAUCAGGAUAUGUAAACAGAUUGCUGGGUCCUGGGGAUGGAAGGAGAUAGAGAGAAUGUGGUAUAGGGGAGGAAGAGUUGGCCCCCUAGGAGCCACUUCCCAUCUUUGGUUUCCUACAAGCUAGACCACAAUCACAUGGAAGCCUGUGUGCUCCAGCCUCUGGACACAGGGUUACUGGAAAAGAAGAAGGACAGCCCAAAACUCCCUCCUGCUGAGAGCCCUUCCCCGCCCCCCCACCCUGGGCUUCUGGACAGGGUUCUAGCCCUGUCCAUCCUAGAACCACCUCUUUCACCGUCCCCAGGCUUCAAAGCAAAAAGGCUCUGGAAGGGAUCCGAGUUUUUGUUUUUUUUUUUUUUUUUAAUUUAUUUGGGAUCCAAGUCUUGAUCACUUGCACUUCCACUUCCGGGUGAUGGCUGAGCAAAUUUGGUCUUUAACAUCAGAAGGGCUUGCGUGAACUUGAAACCCUCACACAGAGUCCAGCUUCUCUCCUC